UUUCCCCUCUCCUAAGCACCUGGAGCCCAGGCCCGGCUCCAAACCCAUGAAAAUUGGCCAAGUGUAAAACUUCUCAAGAAUGAGAUGGAUCCGGGGGCGAGUUCCCCUGAGAAGCAGGAUAAAGAGAAUUUAGUGGGCAUCAGCAGUAAACGGCUCGGUGUAUGUGGCUGGAUCCUCUUUUCCCUUUCUUUGUUGCUGAUGAUCCUUACCUUCCCCAUCUCCAUAUGGAUGUGCUUGAAGAUCAUUAAGGAGUAUGAACGUGCUGUUGUAUUCCGACUGGGACGCAUCCAAGCUGGCACAGCCAGAGGGCCAGGUCUGAUCCUGGUCCUGCCCUGCAUAGAUGUAUUUGUCAAGGUUGAUCUCCGAACUGUUCCUUGCAACAUUCCUCCACAAGAGAUCCUCACCAGAGACUCCGUGACUACUCAAGUGGACGGAGUCGUCUAUUACAGAAUCUAUAGCGCUGUCUCAGCAGUGGCUAACGUCAACGAUGUCCACCAAGCCACAUUUCUGCUGGCUCAGACUACUCUAAGAAAUGUCUUAGGGACGCAAACCCUGUCCCAAAUUUUAGCUGGCCGAGAAGAGAUUGCCCAUAGCAUCCAGACCUUACUUGAUGAUGCUACCGAGCUGUGGGGGAUCCGGGUGGCCCGGGUGGAAAUCAAAGAUGUCCGGAUUCCGGUGCAGCUACAGCGGUCCAUGGCAGCGGAGGCUGAGGCCACCCGGGAAGCCAGGGCUAGGGUCCUUGCAGCGGAAGGAGAAAUGAAUGCUUCCAAAUCUCUGAAGUCAGCCUCCAUGGUGCUGGCCGAGUCUCCCAUAGCCCUGCAGCUGCGUUACCUGCAAACCCUAACCACCGUGGCCACGGAGAAGAAUUCCACCAUCGUGUUUCCUCUGCCCAUGAAUAUCCUGGAGGGCAUUGGUGGUGUCAGCUACCAUAACCAACAGAAGGUUCCGAACAGAGCCUGAGGUCCUCCUGCUGUAGUCAGCCAUUGCUUGCGGGAGCUGUUUCUAUCUCUCCGGAGAACCCAGCACUCAGAAGUGCUGAGAGUUGCAACAUUACUGAAACAGAGGGACGCUGCAGCUGGAGUAGCAUUAGCGGGGAAAUGCCGUAGAGGCUACAAAAAAAAAAAAAAAAAAAAAAGAGGG